ACUGAUGGAAUGCAUCGGAGAGAUCACAUAUUAUGAAACAAAAGCCCGAGAGUGCUACGCAGAAGAAAUUCGUAUGAGCAAACAGGCAUUCAUUGAAAUGUUGGUGCUUGAUGGCUGCUUCAUUGUUGAACUGUUCAGGAAGGAUGCUGGAGUGGUUCAGAAAGGUGAAAAUGAUCCUAUUUUCUCUACUUCCUGUAUGCUUCAGUUCUUAUACCAUGACUUGAUUUUGCUGGAAAAUCAAAUACCUUGGUUUGUGCUUGAGCUUCUGUUUAGCUUAGCACGUGAUUCGUUUGAAACCAAGUCCUUACUUCAACUCGCCUUGGUUUUCUUCGACAACAUUUUUUCAUCUGAGAAAUCUCCUAUACACCUAUCUCUCUUCGCCAAUCAAGAAAUCCAGCACAUUCUUGAUUUGAUAAGAAGUUCUUUGGUGUUGCCACUUGGAGAGCAGCAAGACCAAGAAGAGUCAUCUGCAUCAUGGCGGAGUAUUGCUUCUGCCACCAGCAUCAAAGAAUCUGGAAUCAGUUUCAGGAAAGUGAGAUCACCAAGCAUCUUGGAUGUCAAAUUCAGAAGAGGCGCUCUGGAAAUGCCAUCAAUUUUCAUCCAAGAAACCAUCGAACCUGCCUUCCGAAAUCUGAUCAGCUAUGAGCAAUGUUAUCCAAACUGUCCUCCCAGAGUUACAAGCUAUGCUAUACUCUUGGACAACCUUAUCAACAAUGAAGAGGACGUGGAAGAACUCGGCAAGAGUGGAAUUCUUAUCAACUGGCUUAACCCGCAUGACACCACACCGUUCUUUAAGAUGCUAUACCAUGAUACUUUUGUGAAAGAGUUUUAUUACAGGAAGCUUUGCUGGGAAGUGAAUGAAUAUCAGCAGAAAUUGUGGCCUAAAUGGCGAGCUUUUUAUACCCACAACUUUUUUGCAAAGCCAUGGGCCAUUGUUUCUCAGAUUGCUGCUGCUAUCCUUCUCGUCCUAGCUAUCCUUCUCGUCCUAACUUUCCUGCAAACCAUUUAUUCCAUGAAGUGAUGAAUACUUGUUGUAAUACAUGUCAUAUGAUGUUGAGACACAAACAAAAAUUGUCAUUAGUUAAUGAUAUGUAAUAUUCAUGAUCUGGGGACUCUUUAUUUUUGAUGAAUCUCUUAUGAGGAAUUUGAUUAGAAUAUAAAGUUUUCUCAAUC